GAAGAGUUCCGUCAUUUCGUCCGGCGAGAACACGCUGUUCAUUUGAGAAAUGGUUCAUCUGUGGCUGUAGACCCAGUUUUAUGAAGUCAGUCCGUGUUAUCGCCGUGGAGUUCAUUAAAUCCAGAGCAGCUUACAGUUCAGCCACAGCUCGUGGCCUCGGAGCAGAGAUGUGUAAAGAGCUCAAGACUACUGUACUGCGUUUAUCGCCGCCGACCUCCAACGGACCGGCGAGUCUUCAGGAGGGCCAAACAGAUGGUGCUGGAAUCCUGGCUUGCACGGUGAAGGCUCUGAAGGAGGGUCACAUCGUUGGCGUGCCCACAGACACCAUCUAUGGCCUGGCAUGUCUGGCCCAAAACUCUGUAGCUGUCAGAAAUACCUACGACAUCAAAGGGCGAAACGGACAUAAGCCACUGGCCAUAUGUGUGGGAGAAAUUCAGGAUAUCUAUAAAUACUGCAAGGUGAAGGUGAAGAAGGAGCUCUUAAUGGACCUGCUGCCUGGUCCCGUCACUCUGGUGUUUGAACGUUCUGAAGCACUAAACACGGACCUCAACCCCUUUACUCCGCUUGUAGGCGUUCGUAUCCCAGAUCAUGCCUUUAUGAGAAGCCUCUGCCAGAUGUGCGGGGAACCGCUCGCCCUCACCAGUGCCAACAUCAGCUCACACACCAGCACAGUAGAAGUUCAUGAGUUUCAGGAGCUCUGGCCUAAACUAGCUGUGGUGGUGGAUGGAGGACCGAUCGGAGACCAGAGCCGCCUCGGGUCAACAGUGGUCGACCUGUCUGUGCUUGACAAAUACCGCAUCAUCAGACCUGGCUGUGCCCUGUCUGCUACGCUUGACGUGCUGGAACGCAAAUACGGCCUGUCAGAAGACACAGGGGAACGAUGACCUCUUGAACUCUCCACACUCAGAAUCACACGCUGAGACGCACAACCAGCUCCGACCCUGCAGGGUACUGAGAAAAACACUUGUCCUUCCUGACAAACAGUAGAACUCAAGAGUAAGCCGAGUCUUAAACCACCAGUCUUGUUCUGGUGGCUGCUUUGAGUUCUGCAUCUUCAGAUUGACCCGUUUUGUGUUCUAUCUUGUUUUGGUGUUAUGUACGAGUUAAGAAGUUCUCAGCGCAUUAUUUAAAAAUAUAAAAAUAGGUCAGCUUUUGAUUAUUAUUUUUUUUAAUAAUGCAGUAUAAAUAAUGCAAUAAAAUGGAUUGUUUGAUGUUGCGUUUUCAUCUAAAACUACAGGUGUAGUGGGAACAUAUUUAAUGGCGAUAACCUAAAGGCAUGGGACUCUGUGACAUGCACUGAUUAUAAAUCACAUUUUAUUUGCGAUCAAAGCUGUUUUUAUUAAACAUCCCAUACUUAUUUUAUGACAGAUAUGAGUCUUUCACUUAAACGGUGGCAAGCUACAUUUACUCUUACUGUUCUAUGCUGUAGAUGGGGCCACGUUGCCACAUAGAAAGUACUGUAAUAUGUGUAGCUGCUUUAGCACAUACAUGGUAUACAGUUCAUCACUUGCAUGUCAAACCUGGAUUCUUUUUAAAUCCUCCGUGCCUUAUUUAGUUAUGUGAAAUGCAUUGAAGGUGACCAUGGUUCAGAUACAAUACAUUUUUCCUUUUAUUCUGAAA